AAUAUACCUUGUAUAUUACGACAUAUGAUCAGAGACGGAAGAGGAAGCGAGACAUCCCACUCCCUCAUUUUUUCUGGUUCAUAUACAUUAGACCAGAUCACAGUUUAUAUCGCAUAGCCACCCCGGAACCAUGUUUUCAAGGAUAAUCGCUUCAUUUAUAUUUAUAUUAUUAUGAUAUAUUUGGUAUGAUGACUCUUUUGAUAUACUGAGGGGCGACGACCGUCGACCGCCAUCUUAGUUCAGGGCAAUAUCAUGCCGAAAAGUUGUUCUGCAUAUAACUGUACCAAUAGGUACAGCAAACAUACAGAUAUUACUUUUCACAGAUUUCCUUUCAGCAAACCAACUGUAUUUAGACAAUGGCUGGAUAACAUAUGCCGAGAUGACUAUUAUCCCAAAAAACAUAUGGUCAUCUGCUCACUUCAUUUUACUACAGAUUGUUUCAGCGGUUUAGACCGCAAAAACCUGCUGUGGAAUGCUGUACCCACUCUCUUUACAUUCCCACCACCAAAUUCUAAGCGAACUUGCCUCCUAAAAGAAAGUCAGGAAAAAAGGCUCAAAAUGCUUCCAAAGUGUGUGAGUGUGUCCCAAGAAAAGAUGGAAACACAGAAUGGCCUGGACCCAGAAGAGAAACUACUAUCCAAAUCUGCAGAGGGCAACAAGAAACAUGUCGUCAUCUCCGAUCACAGUUACUCGCUGUCCGACCCGUGUGCAGUGAAGGCCCAACUAUUCAAAGCCUUGGAUACCAACAAAUGGCUCAACAGAAGGUUACAAAUGAAGAGCCAGGUGAUCAACAAGAUGAGGUUCAAAUUGAAGGCAGCACGCGCCGAGUUGUCAAGUCUACGCAGCUGGACGAAUCUGUCCAGGGCUGCUGGUAACGUAUCUAUAUGGCCAGGUGUACAGAGGAUAGCUGUGAAUGAUAUCAGCUGACCCAUUGAUUGACAUUGGUUUUAUUGGAAAGCUAUUUUGUAUUGGAACACAAGGAGUUACAUUCAUUUGCUGAUCCGCUUCUGAAAACAUAGUCUUGAAGACAGACUUUCCAAUUUCCUCUUGGUCAAUGAGUGCAAAAUAUUUAUUUUGGAAAGCUUUGCAGCCCUAUCCAUCUUGCUGACAUCUACAAAACCAUUCUUUGGAUAAUAUAGUAUACUUUUCCCACGAGUUUAAAGGGACCUUCCUGGACUGAGUUUUUAUUCCUGAAUUAAAAUCAAUCAAGGAUUAAGACACAAAUGAAGUUGAAAAAUAUUCCAUUGACAUUUGCGCAUGUAGGCCUCUACAAACAUGACCUGAAUGUUUUUAAUAUAUAUAUAUAUUUCAAAAAUACAAUUUCAUGAACACAUACGUUUU